AUGUUGUCGAUCGUUUUUGAAACUUGUUUCGCGGCGACGAUUAUGCUGAUGAGCCUUAUGGCGUGCAAGGGUUCCAAAAAGAAAACUGCGACUCCUCCUAUUCCUGCGGAGGGAGAAGCUAAGGCGGCUGCCGGCGAGAAGAAAGAGAGAGAAGGUGAGAAAAAAGAGGGCGAAGGCGAGAAGAAAGAUGUUGAUGAAAAGAAGGAAGGCGAGGGCGAGAAGAAAGAAGGGAGCAAGAAGGAAGCCGAUAACAAAAGUGCAAAAAAAAAGAUGAACGCUUCUGGAGAUAGGAUCGCUAUCAAAGUCAAGAGCUCCGACAAUAAUCUCUUCUCUUUCGACCCUGCUUUCGCCUUCGUAGAAGAGGGUGGAAGUGCCAUAGUUAAAGUCAGCAGGACAGCCGGACUACCAAAACCUGAUAAGAUCGAAGUCGUAUGGGCAACGGCUGAAGAAAAGGACAAGAAAGCCGAGGAGGUCUUCAAGAAGGCUGAUGUGAAACAAAAUGUGCUCGUCGUCAAAUGCAUUGGCAAAUCGGCCCUUCCCGGAAUGGAUAAAGCGUUGGAAAAAGGGACGGAAGCCGUUAUUGUGAAAAAUGAAGUGAAGGUUAAAGAGAAAAAGUCGACAGAUGGAGAUGGAGAGAAGAGGCCCGAGAAGGAGGACAAGAAGGAGAAGGAAGAGAAAAAGGAGGAAAAGAAAGAAGAGAAGGGAGACAAAAAGAAUAGCAAGAAAGACGAAAAAGAUGGCGGUGAAGGUGGCAAAGAAGCU